AUGGUAAUACCCUGAGUGCCGGGGGAGUGGAAUGCUGUACGAUUAUCAACCGCAGUCUUAUCAGCAGCAGCACCUGCCGCAAGGAGGACGACGAGGAGGAGGUCGGGGAGGGAGAGCAGGCACGGGACUUGGUGGUAGUGGUGGUGGUGGUGGUGGUGGUGGUGGUUCCGGAACCUCUGCCGUGAUGCCGAAGAAGGACUCGAAAAACGAUGAAGGCGGCCGCAAGAACAAGAUGAGUCAGGCGGCUGCGGCCAAACUGGAGCAACAGCAGCAGCAACAGCAACAACAACAGCAACAACAGGACGAUGGAUCGGGCAUGAAAGGGGGCGGCCCUGGAACGGGUCGGCCUGGUUCUGUUGGGCCGGGCGGAAUGAAGCCGUCUGAUGGUUGCAGUAUUAAUGCAGGCGGUGGCCCUGGCCCGAACAGCGGUGUCAUGGAUGGGAUGGGCAAAGCGGGUGGCGGCGGUGGUGGACCGGUGAUGGGAGGCGGCGGUCCACUCGAUGGUGUUGUGGGUGGUCACCCGAUGGAUGGCAAGAUGAAUCCGGGCCUGGCUGGCAUGAUGGCGGGCAACAAACCAUCGAACAAGCUGGAAUACACGCAGCAGCAGAGCCAGAUAUUCGUGUUUUCGACCGCGCUCGCUAACAAGGGCGCUGAGGCGGUGCUAAGCGGCCAGUUCAACUCGAUCAUCGCAUAUCACUGUGCACAGAUGCAGAAACAGAACCGGCUCGGUGGCCCGGGACCGGACGAAAUGAGCGGGAACAGUGUGGGACCGGGUGCGAUGUCACCGUGGAUGGAUCAUGGACACGGUCACGGUUCGCCGGAUCAUCACCCAAUGGGACCGCGGGGUAUGGGUGGACCACCGGGCGGAGGCCCACCGGAUGGGAUGAAAAAGUCAGCCACAAUUCAUCACACGGCAAACGCGGGAUCUUGCCUGGAGAAUGAUGGUUCGCUGCCGAUGUUUGGCGGUGGUGGUGGUCCGGAUGGUCACGGUAUGCCGCCACACAUGCGUAUGGGACCGGGUGGUGGUCCGCUCGAUCCAUCGAUGGUGGUGAUGGGCAAAAAAUCGGCCACCAUUCACCAUACGCCGAACGCUUGCAUGGAUCAGGAUGGUAGUGGAUUGCCAAUGUACCCGUCGGAUGGUCACGGCGGGCCACAUAUGCGCAUGAACCCAGACGGCAUGUCGAAACCGUCCACGAUCCACCAUACGCCCAGUUCGUGCAUGGAAGGUGACGGAGUAGGUGAUCCAACGGUGGGAGGACAUCCAGGCGUUAAGAUGGAGAAUCCUUCCCCGGUAGGGUCACACAUUUCGCCGAGUGGUGGUGGCGGAGGUGGUGUACCCGGUGGUGGUCCGGGCGGUGGACAUGGAGGUGGCCCCGGCGGCAUGGGUCCUGGGGGACCGGGAGGCGGCGGACCCGGUGGAAGUCACUCGAGUUCAACGAUUAUCGAUCAGAUGAACUCGCUGGUAGCGUCACUGCCGCUCAUGAAGGGUGGCAAUGUGUUGUCGCAGUCGCGUGGCCAUCCACAACCGUCGCUGCAGGGUGUGAAAGUGCCGGACGAAAAUUUAACGCCCCAGCAGCGGCAACAUCGCGAACAGCAGCUCGCUACACUGCGCCAGAUGCAGAAAAUGUUCUUUCCCGAGCAGCGAGGCAUGGGCAUGGAUCCGCACGGUAUGGGCAUGAGGCCUCAGUUCCGUGGGCCCGCUGCCGGUGGUAUGCCGCCGGACUUUGGGGGCCCACCGAACCGACCGCUAAAUCCUGCCUUCAUGAACACUCCGCUCGGUAGUGGUGGUGGCCCCGGGAUGGGCGGUCCGGUGGAUGGUGUACCGGGGCCUGGUGUGCCCGGCAUGAUAAACGAGCAGAUACCGCCGAUGCAAUACAAUAAACCGAACAUGAUGAAUCCGGGCAUGUACGGUGGUGGUGGUAUGGGAGGAGGCGGUGGCCCAAUGGGUGGCGGCGGUCCUAUGGGAGGCGGUGGCCCAAUGGGAGGAGGACCCGGUGGACCGAUGGGUGGUCCGAUGGGUGGUGGCCCGAUGGGAGGUGGUCCGAUGAAUCGUAUGUACAAAGCAGACCCCGACCCAAUCUUCCCACCCAUGACGGAGAUGGGUGGGUAUGGGGGUGGUGGUGGAGGAGGCGGCGGUGGUGUGAUGAACAAUCAUCCCGGGCCCGGUAUGUUCAAUCCCGGCAUGCAGCAGCGAAUGGGAAUGCCACCAGGAGGUGGUGGCGGUGGUCCCGGUCCGGGUGGUCCGAUGGGUGGCGGUGUACCCGGUGGAGGGCACAUGAUGGGCGGUGGACCGAAGAUGGGUGGACCGGAUCCGUCGAUGCUCGGUGGCCCUGGCGGUGGUCCCAUCCCGCAAUCCCCACUGAUGGACGACGAACUCGGCAACAAGGGCUCAAUGCAGCAGCAGCAACAGCAAAUGAUGCUUCCCGCAAAUCCACCUCUUCCUCAGCAACCGGGCACACCGACAGGCAGCAAUGGGGGCCCCAUGUCGGUCGGCAUGAAUCCGGGCCUCAAUCCGAACGGUGCCAAUGGGACCGUGAACAAUAAUGGCAAAACGAAAGAACCUUCCGUUUCGCCAGAACAGCAGCAACAGCAAGGCGGGCCCGGCUCGAACCAGCAGCAGCAGCAAGGACCCGGCAGUCAACAGGGGCCAUUGACACCACAAACACCCCAGGGAGGGCAGCAAACGCCCGGGCAACCGCUCACCCCACAGACAUCGAUGGCUGGUUCGUAG